CCAGCAGGUGGAGUCCGGAAAUAAGAGGCAGGAUGGACGUGGAUUAAUUUUCUCUCUCCUCCGUCUGUGUCUUUUCUCUUGUUUGAUCUUGCAGGUCCCGGAAUUAUCGCAACCCUCAGUGUCCAGGGGAGGGUGAGUCGGGGUUGGGGGUGGGUCGCUCCUGUCUAUGGAAACUGAUUUCCCCCUUGCCAGCAUCAUGCCCUGCCAAAACGCCCAGCGGCAACUCAGCAACUCCGAGCAAAGCCACUCGUUGCCCAAGCAAGUGAGGUUCGCGGGCAGCGUGGAGCCCGAGACCGUCGCCCCCCAGCUCAAGCUGCUGCCCAUGAACGAUCAGAUCCGAGAGCUGCAGACCAUCAUCAGGGACAAAACAACGAGCAGAGGAGACUUUGUAUUUUGUGCUGAUCGCUUGAUCAGACUGGUUGUCGAAGAAGGACUGAACCAGCUGCCAUACACUGAAUGUACAGUCACAACCCCUACAGGCCAUAAGUACGAUGGAGUGAAGUUUGAGAAGGGAAAUUGUGGUGUUAGUAUUAUGAGAAGUGGAGAAGCAAUGGAGCAAGGUUUGCGUGAUUGUUGUCGGUCAAUACGCAUCGGAAAGAUCCUAAUACAAAGUGAUGAAGAGACACAAAAAGCAAAGGUGUACUAUGCAAAAUUCCCACCUGACAUCUAUCGCAGGAAAGUGCUUCUAAUGUACCCAAUAUUGAGUACAGGCAACACAGUUAUUGAAGCUGUGAAGGUCCUGAUUGAGCAUGGUGUGCAGCCAAACCAUAUAAUCUUACUCAGUCUUUUCUCAACUCCACAUGGUGCAAAAUCUAUUAUAGAAGAAUUCCCCGAGAUCACAAUUUUAGCAACAGAGGUCCAUCCAGUGGCACCCACACACUUUGGACAGAAGUAUUUCGGCACGGACUGAAGCCAAGAUAGAAUCCAAAUUAAACCUUUGAUUGCAUUGCUGUUUUGAUAGAUAAAGACUUAGUUUUAUCUUGGUAGGUGUGUCUUCACUCCACCCCCCCAAUCCCCCCAUCCCCCCAUCCCACCGCCAACCCUUUCUGGGACAAAUUGAAAUGUUAACCAGCUUAAUGUAGACAUCUGGGAGCACGACCUAAGCUACUUGCCUUAAGUUCUUUUCUCCAGUUAUUUUUAUAAAAGGAAGUCAGUUCUGAAUAGCACAUUCCAAUUCCAUCAAAAUUGUUUGCACCGCGCUUGCAUGCGUCCUUAGCACUUAGUCAUUUUAGCAUAUUUAUUGUUUGUAAUUAGAGGCAGUGCCUAAUUGUAACUUAAAAA